CCGAGUGUUCUUUACAAACUCUAAAAAAUAACGAAAUUCUCCAGAAUCCCAACUGCCUAUAAAACAACCCCAAAAAUCACUCUUCAUCAUAUGCAAAUAAUUUGAAGGAGAGGGAGAGAGGGAGAGAGCGAGAGAGAAGAAAACCCAAGAACAAGCUCAGGCGAUCACUUUGCUCCGCUUGUUGAGAGUCGGGAACCCAACAUAUCUUCUGUUUUCAAAUGGCUCAAGAUAUUUCUGGUGCAGACUCACCUCGGAAAAAACCAGGCCUCUUAAGAGAUCAAGUCCAGCUGGUAAAACGAAAGGACUCUGAUCGCUAUGAGAUUGCCCGAAUCCCAGAUCCACUGUCAUUCGAGAAGGGUUUCUUUAUAGUUAUCCGUGCUUGCCAGUUGUUGGCCCAAAAGAACGAUGGGAUAAUAUUUGUAGGGGUAGCAGGUCCCUCUGGGGCUGGAAAAUCUGUAUUUACUGAAAAGGUACUCAAUUUUAUGCCCAGCAUUGCUGUCAUAUCGAUGGACAACUACAAUGAUGCCAGUCGUAUUAUUGAUGGCAACUUUGAUGACCCACGCCUGACGGACUAUGAUACAUUGCUUGAGAAUAUCCAUGGUCUAGAAGAAGGAAAGGCUGUUCAGGUGCCAAUAUAUGAUUUCAAGUCCAGCAGCCGCAUAGGAUACAGGACAGUUGAAGUCCCAAGCUCCCGCAUUGUGAUUAUCGAAGGAAUCUAUGCUUUAAGUGAAAAACUGCGGCCUAUUCUAGAUCUUCGAGUAUCUGUUACAGGUGGAGUGCACUUUGACCUAGUGAAACGGGUCUUGCGAGAUAUACAACGUGCUGACCAAGAACCUGAAGAAAUAAUUCAUCAAAUCUCUGAAACGGUAUAUCCAAUGUACAAGGCUUUUAUUGAGCCAGAUCUCCAAACGGCACAUAUAAAAAUUAUCAACAAGUUCAAUCCAUUCACAGGAUUCCAAAACCCGACAUAUAUUUUGAAGUCACGAAGGACUCCGACUGUGGAUCAGAUCAAGGCCAUUAUUUCCCAGGAACAUAAAGAAACCAUGGAGGAGACCUAUGAUAUAUAUCUUCUGCCUCCAGGUGAAGAUCCAGAAGCAUGCCAAUCAUAUCUGAGAAUGCGGAACAGGGAUGGCAAGUACAAUCUUAUGUUUGAGGAAUGGGUCACGGAUAGCCCGUUUAUCAUAUCUCCAAGAAUAACUUUUGAAGUAAGUGUGCGCCUUCUUGGUGGGCUGAUGGCCUUGGGGUACACCAUAGCAGCCAUUUUGAAAAGAAGCAGCCAUGUAUUCUAUGAUGGUAGGGUUUGCGUGAAGAUUGAUUGGUUAGAACAACUGAACCGGCAUUAUGUUCAGGUGCAAGGAAGAGACCGUUUGUAUGUGAAAUUCAUCGCAGAGCAGCUGGGCCUGGAAGGUUCAUAUGUCCCUCGUACUUACAUAGAACAGAUUCAGUUGGAAAAGCUUGUAAACGAAGUUAUGGCAUUACCUGAUGAUUUGAAGACCAAGCUCAGCAUAGACGAUGACCAGGUUUCGAGCCCCAAAGAAGCACUUUCUCGAGCCUCUGCAGAUAGGGUUGCCAUGAGAAAUAAGCAUCUCAGAAGUUUGAGCAGUGGUAUGUCACAUUCAUAUUCAACACAAAGGGACAAGAAUCUGUCAAAGUUGACGAUUGCUGUCAACAACAGAAGAUUUGAUGGAAGAAACCCGGAGUCUCCUGCAAUGCUGGCGAACCAGGGAAUCAUUACUCAACUCUCAGAACAAAUUUCCACUCUGAAUGAGAGGAUGGAUGAAUUUACUUCGCGGAUUGAAGAGCUAAAUUCCAUGUUAACGAUGAGGAAAGUUUCUGCUAGCCAGCAAAAUUUGGUUCUGCAAGCAGAAGCCUGCAAUGGUUUCGGGCCCACUUCACUGGUCUCUGGGUUAGGCAAUGGAUCCUUGACUGGAUCCCCUCUACCCAAUUCCUCAUCUUCUUCCCAGCUUGCUAAAGAGUCUCCGCUAAUGGAAGAGAUCUCAAUUAUUUCACGGGGACAACGCCAAAUUAUGCAUCAAAUAGACAAUCUCAUCAGUUCUCUUCAUGAGAACUUUGGAGAACGUUAUCAUCAAGAAAGAACAAGCAGGACAAACAGAUUGAUCGAUGUUGAAUCCAUCGGGGUCCCUUUGAUUUCAACGUUGGUGAUUGGGGGUUUGGGAAUCUUCUUAUUCAGAUUUCUGUCACGAAAUUAAGACCUAUUCCAAAUACUGCUAAGAUUGUAUGUACAUCAUACCCACCACCACCACCACCACCACCACCACCACCACAAACAUCUUUUUGGGUUUGAACUACAUAUUUUUGGCAGUCUACCCUUGCUCGGGAAGAUAAUUGAUCAAGAUGACUGAUCAAUCAUUGGAGGUUCUUGAUGCACAUAGUUUUCAAGGUUCUCUUGAGGUUUGAAAAGAAAGGGUAGUUGCAACU